AUGCGGCCGCACAGAGCUGCAGCUUUGAGGGCGGCUACUGCAGCCCAGGUGUUGACCAAUUUCGGCGAGGUCUUCACGAGCGGACAUGAUGCGGCUAGAAGUCACAUGGAGACCUUUGAGGCACAAAAUGUCGACCUUUUCAUCAGCCACUCUUGGGGAGCAGAGGGUUACCAAAAAUACCUAGCACUUUGCUAUCACCUGAACGUGAACAUUGCCAUCAAGGUUGCCUUUCUGACCUUUGCAAUAUUUGGUCUCGUUCUUGUUUUACUGGCAGGUGGCCCUGAUGCUCUCUCUGGGAGUCCGGCUUUGCUGCCACUCACAGUAGACCUUCCUGUGGUCGUAUUUUUCAUAUUCUUCUUCUAUGGCCAUGUCUUGGCAUGCGGACGGUGCUCCCCCUCGCUGUGGCUGGACAAGAUUUGUAUUCCACAAGCAGAUGAAGUAGUGAAAGAGGAGUGCGUGAGGCGCUUGCCGGAGUAUUUGAAGGCUGUGGUGAUGCUGCCCUUGUGGCUGGCACCCUGGCUACUUUUGAUCAUUCUCAUUGAUUGGAUGAGCAUUCGGAUUUUCUCCCUUUGGUGGGUGGUCGAUUCCAGUGGAAUACCCAGCGUUGAUGGCUCCUACCAAUCCUACUUCAUGAGAAACAUCGUGUACCACUUCUACAAUUCCUUGGCCUAUAUGCCUGCAGGAGUGAAUGGCAGCUGA